GUAAACAUUUUUAGCUAGCGAGCUAUAGUGUGAUCAGAUUGCUUACCCAUAGAGUUAUACCUGGUACAACUGGCUACCUAGCUAGCUACGUACUUUGUUGGAUUGUCAGAGAUAGUCAAGCUAAUAUAUGUAAGACAGCUUGUUAUUAAGACUGGAAAUCUGCACUUCGAGGUCACUCUCUGUCAGUUAAACGAAGCUAGCUACGUGUGAUAACCCCAACCUCCGCCUUUCUCUCUACUAUCAGAUGACAAUCGAUUGCUGUAGAUUGUAGCCAGCAGAUACGCCCCGUUUGCUUACAGCUGCACAAGGUCGGACAGGCUUCCAGUGUAAAGGCAUCCAUUGGCAUACUUGCAUCCAAACAGUUUGGUACAGUUAAGCAUAUAUAACGACAAAAUAUUGUGGCGUUUUAGUCUUCGGCUAGGUUUUUUUGGGCUGGUCGUGCACACUUUUUUUGAGUCUAUGCUCCUUUAUUGGUGAUUGUUGUCAGUCAACAAGAGAUGACUAUAAUUUUCAUGCAAAUGUUUUCACCUAUGAAAUACUGCACCAAACAUCCCCGUUUGAUGUAAAAUUGCGAGACUGAGAUCUCCUUGGCAAAAACGUCAAACUUAAUGAUUUCUUGAGUUAUCUUAGAUUCAUUCUGACUAUUUUGAGAGUGGCUACACAGUGACUCAAGUUGGGUAAAUAGUAAUAUAGCUGCUGCUUUCUCGUUAUUCAAGUAUAGGUACUUUCAAGUGAAGGUCGAAGGUUCGUCUCGAGAAAAUAUUUUGUGUGCAUGAACAACCGGAAAAAAAAACCUUGCCGAAGACCAUAACGUCACAAAGUGUCAUCAUAAUAUAUGCACAAACUGAACUGUUUUGGAUAGUAAGCAUGCGGACGCCUUUACUCGACACAGGAAGCCCGUGACCCCGGGAUGGAGGCCCACAGCUCAAGCCGGUCCAGCCUGUCCAGGAAGAGGAGGAGAGAUGGGUCUAAUGGAGAGACCGAGGAGGUAGAACGGCCAGGGAAAGUCCCAAGAUCCACCGUGGGUUUAAAAGAUCCCGCCCCCUAUGCUGAUGAGCUGGAGUCGGCUGAGGACACUCCAUACCUGCGAGUCAGUAUGGACGAGGCCAAGAGGGGAACUCCAUUUGAUAGGCCAGUUCGGGUGUAUGCAGAUGGCAUCUUUGAUGUGUUCCACUCAGGCCAUGCCCGGGCCCUCAUGCAGGCCAAGGGCCUCUUUCCGAACACACACCUCAUUGUGGGCGUGUGUAGUGACGACCUGACACACAAGUUCAAGGGGUUCACGGUGAUGAACGAGGACGAGCGCUACGAUGCAGUCAGCCACUGUCGCUACGUGGACGAGGUCGUCAGGAACGCGCCCUGGACGCUUACGCCCGAGUUCCUCUCCAAGCACAGAAUCGACUUUGUUGCUCAUGACGACAUCCCAUAUACAUCAGCAGGCCAGGACGACGUUUACAAGCACAUCAAGGAGGCGGGCAUGUUUGCGCCGACCCAGCGGACCGAGGGAAUCUCCACUUCGGACAUCAUCACGCGCAUCGUCCGCGACUAUGACGUGUACGUGAGACGCAACCUGCAACGCGGCUACACGGCCAAGGAGCUCAACGUCAGCUUCAUCAAUGAGAAGAAGUACCACCUGCAGGAACGUGUGGACAAGGUGAAGAGGAAGGUGAAAGAUGUGGAGGAGAAGAGUAAAGAGUUUGUGCAGAAGGUGGAGAACAAGAGCAUUGACCUCAUCCAGAAGUGGGAGGAGAAGUCCCGGGAGUUCAUUGGCAACUUUCUGCAGAUGUUCGGCCCUGAGGGAGCACUGAAGCACAUGUUGAAGGAGGGCAGAGGGCGCAUGCUGCAGGCCAUCAGCCCCAGACAGAGCCCCAGCAGCAGCCCCACCCGCGAGCGUUCCCCCUCGCCCUUCUUAAACAAGGCCUCACCUUCCCCUCCAUCCCACCACAGCGCAGCACGGGGAUACCACAUCAGCGAGGAUGAUGAUGAGUCUGAUGAAGAUUAAGGCUCAUUUUUUUAUUUAUCUUGGUCUGUUAAUCCCGCCCCUCGGUCCAUCAACAAUAUCAGCAUUCAACCCCUCCAAACAAAUCAUCAGUAUGUCCACUUAUAUAUGUAUAGCAUUGUCUCUCACUUCAUUUGCUCUACCCAUUUAAUUUUUUCACUCCCUUUUUCAAUUGGUGUCCAUUUCUUAUGGACUGUACUACUUUGUCAGUCCAAGGAGGGUUGAUGCAGUGUAGUGGUCACAUCUCUUAAUUUUAUUCAGUCAGUAACCACUACUCACUGGAGGAAUUUGGAGCUGUGUUCAUAUUACCUUUCAUGUCACUUAAAUUUUAAUUUCACAUGAUCAAGUUCUCACUGAUGGAACAUUUCUGAUGCACGCGUCCUACUCAAGAUGUUAAUCUUAGCGAGGUGAUUUUCUUAACCUUGAGUUUAGUGGGGAAUUCAAGUGUCCCCCUCUGCUUCUCAGCAAUGUAGGAACCAUCAGUCCCUUGCUCUCCCCUCAAAGUGUUAGUGUGCAUGUAUGUCUGUAAACUGCUAGUUGUGUAGGCAUGUCAAUGUCCUCCAGCCAUGGACUGACCUGGAUUCAGCUUGACUUUUUUUGCACAUUGUAAUAAUGCUUAGUUGGUUUUGAUGGUCAGUCUUUGGACAGUGGAUUUUAAAGUAUAGUGCCCAGCGUUUGAACUCCAGGACUAGAUCUUGUUCAGUAGGGCUCACAGGAACUUAUUUUCAGGAGGUUCUUGUCAAACCCCAAAAAAAGUGCCCAAUAACAAGACUUCAUUUUAAAAACGACUGGGGAAUACAAUUUUGUCCCAUCUCUCCCUCCUGUAGUUGGCCGUUGCUUGUUUUUGGCUGUUGGCCCAUCCCUUACUGGGCUUUGUCUCCAUGGUGGCAAAGCAGGAUUUUAAAUGUAUUUCCUAUAUAUUUUAAGCAUAGUAUUAGAUUUAGGAAUCAGUCCAUUAAAAUUGCUCCUCAUUAGGGGCAUGGGCUAUAGAUCACUUGGUGGCAAGACUUGUCUAACUAUAUACAUGGAUACAAGAACAUUGUUUUAACCAUUUUUUUGCAUUGAAUUUGUAGGUCUAAGAUAAACCAGUAGAACAUGAAAAUGGAAUUUAAAAAGUUAACCAUGUACAAUUUAAAAAAAAAAAAAACAUCUGAGUUGAA